GUCGACCGACGAACAAUGGUUCCAUUUAUUGCGAAGCAGACAUAUUCUUCAAGCAGUAAAAAUGCUUCAAGAACAUUCAUUACUUCUGGUUAGUUCCAUGACGGUCACUUUGAAUACAGUGUCAGUAUAACUUGUAUGCAUGCGAAAAUUUGGCCUUUGUCACUUGGAUACGACAAUUAAAGAAGAUAACACUUGAUCGCAGCUCAAUCUUUGUGGAUUUCACACUCAUUUCGUUGCGCGACACGGCACACAAGCCAAGCAAAGAAAAACAGCAGUUGGACGUUUGCUCAACUGCGAGACAGCAGACAUUUUUCACGAUGGUGUUGCGAGUGACGGUGAAAUGUGUCCUCUUUACAAUCUUGUCAAGUUUAUUAUUUUUCGGUACAAGUUAUGGUGAGCCAGAAGUGACGAUUCUUCAGGGUAACCUGCUGGGCACCACUGUCACCACUAGAAACAAUCGGAGCAUUUCCGCUUUCCUCGGGAUUCCGUAUGGCCAGCCACCGAUUGGAAAUCUCAGAUUCGCGAACCCCGCGGCAGCCGGAGCUUGGAACGGGACUCUAAAUGCCACUACAGAUGGAAACGAAUGUCCCCAGGCAUUUGUUAGCACAUUGGGCAGCGAAGAUUGUCUGUACCUCAACGUUUACACGCCACAGCUUCCGGUAAACACAAGCACUCUGCUUCCGGUAAUGAUUUUCAUCCAUGGAGGAGCUUUUGUAUUCGGCAGUUCAAGCUCUGCCACUUUCUCGCCAGACUACCUUUUGGAUUCUCAUAUCGUGCUCGCCCUGCCGAACUAUCGGAUCGGGGCUUUAGGAUUUCUGAGUACUGGCAACGAGGUGGCGGCUGGGAAUUGGGGGCUGAAGGACCAGAUCCUGGCUCUCAAGUGGGUGCAAAACAACAUCGAAUACUUUGGCGGUGAUCCUGAUCAAGUCACACUCUUUGGACAAAGUGCUGGAAGCGUUUCCGUUCAUGUUUUGUCACUCUCGAAAGCGGCGGAAGGACUAUUCCACAGAUACAUAACACAGAGUGGGUCGGCUCUGUCGACUUGGGCCCAUUUGCCCAGUGCAGGAUACGCAAGCCGUGCUUUUCAGCUCGGUGGCUACGUUGGCUGUGACAACGACACCUCGAGUGCCUUGAUCGAGUGUUUGCGGACCGUGAAUGCCUCGGAUAUCGUCGCCUCAGCCUCACAAUUCUACGUGUGGGAGUCGGUCCCAGUUUUUGUGUGGGGCCCGACUGACGAGCCAGACAUCGAAGGCGCGGUGCUCACCGACAGUCCUACGAACUUGUUUGCGAAGGGUGAAUUCUGCGAUUUGCCUUGGAUGACAGGAAUCGUCCGAGACGAAGGGAUCUUGAUGACCGGAGCGUUCUAUAGCGACGAUGAAAAGUUUUAUGACUUUUUGGAUAACUUCGAUCUUGUGCUGCCCGAGAUGUUGAUCUGGAAUUAUCAGACAGACUCAGGAGCCGCUUGGGUCAAGGCUGUGAAGAACUUUUAUUUCAACGACGAUUUUACAACAAACUCGACUGAGCUGCUCACGAACCUAACUCGUCUUGUUGGCGACGCUAUCUUCAUCUAUCCAACCUUGGACGGACUCCAACAGCAGCUUCCUCUGGCUGUGAAUCCCCAGUACUUUUACUUGUUCAAUUAUCGAGGGACCUACAGCUUCGACGCGGGAAUACCCGACGCCGUUAUGCACACCGACGAUGUCAUCUACCUCUUUCCACUGAGGUCGAUCCUGGGAGGUGAUAAUUUGACCGACACUGAUUUCGAAAUGGUGGACAACAUGGUGCAACUCUGGACAUCAUUCGCGAUCAAUGGGACACCAACGGUCUUGGCUUCUGAGGAAAAUGUCACAUACACUGAAUACACGACGAUGGACAAUUAUCUACGAAUAGGCAACCAGUCUGAAGUUACACUGUCGAUGGAGUACUCUCUUUUUAAAGAGCGCAUGGAGUUUUGGGCGAAUUUGGUCCAUGCCGAAGCGUCUGCAGCUACCUUGACGAACACCUCGGCCGGAACCUUAGCCCCUUAAUUUAUCUGCUCAAAGCUCAUAUAACCGAUUUUGUGCUGGCAAAUGUAAAAAGUACUUUGUUUAUGAUAAUUAUAACUUCCUGGGACGUGUUUCUUUCUUUCAAGGAACUGAGUUGGUAAUACAUCAAUACUUUCAUUAGACUUUCUCACGAGACAGUCAUGCAUUGAGUGUUAAUCAAGUUAUUAGAUUCAUAAGCUCAGAAAAUCUGUUCAUACGGAUCAAAUUUGCAAGUAUGUUUGAGCGGUAUGAAUCGAAGCAUCGAUAUCUGGUAGUGAACUUUUUUUCAUAAUUCCAGUAUCUAUUUGUUUUGUUUCUGUGACGAGAUCUCAACAGCUUACUAUUUGCUGAUACGUAUCACAAUCAAUAAAAAGUAUCGAUUUCGGGCCCAGCUGAAGGAUUUCUCAGCAUAGAAAAUCAGUAACGUCAAGUUCUUGUGUAUCGUUCACAAAAAUAUUCAAUCAAUAUCUCCUAGGAAUUAUCUUAGAAAUCAAAAUAUAUAACACACACGCACAAAGACAACUAUAUAUUAUAUGUAUAUUUUAUAUACAUAUGUAUAAAAUUCACACGGGUUCGGGAAUUUAAACCCUCGCGACUCUCAUGUGGACCCCUUAAGGCUUCAAUAAGUGAAAAAGAGGAAUUUUGUUUGGCUACAAUAAUCUUAAAAACAGUAAAGAUCAGCUCUUGGACUUCUUCGCCCCCCCCCCCCCCCCCC